AUGUCACAGCAUCCGAAGAAAUCUCAACGUCUUGUUUGCUCAAUGUUUGAUAUAUUCCAUAAUCAUCACCAUGAGGCAACAACAAGUAGGUCCCAGAUGCAAGAUGGUUCAAUGAAUGGUUUUGAGGAUCAUGAGUUUGCCUCAAAUACCAAUUCUGACUCUUCUCACACCUCCGAAGAUGAUAAUGGUGAUAGUGAUAAUGAGUCACAUGAAAGUAGUGAUGAUUCACAUGAAAAAUCUGGACGUUUUGGCAAGAGGUCACAAGCUACUCUUUACCGACGUUGA